AUGAGGACAUACGCUUUGUACCUAGUAGAUUUGGAAAUUAACUCCAAAUGGGAUCACGUCUUAUACAACAAACGUGACGCUAAUGCCGAAGGACCCAUAGAAAUGACUACAACUUUGUCUUUAGUAUCGGAUGUCAUGUCUGAAGAAAUAAAAUGUGCGCUCAAUGACCAGGAUAUCAAAUCAAAAGUUACGAAUAUUUUGGGCAAAUUUGUGCCAACAUUACUAAGACUACGGCCAAUACAACGGGGAAAUGGAUUCAAAGUAGUGUUAGAUAACGGAAAGCUUACGAUUAAUAAAGACUUUAAAAUUAUUGGUCAACCCGUGUGUGAAGAGACGGACGACCAGACCGUCAAAUAUACAAUUGUUGUCUUAUUAGAGGAUUUGAUGGGAAUAUACGACUGGAAAAUAUAUAACUUAUUUGGCAAUAAUUUCUCCGAGAAUGCAAUCCGAAAACUUGAGAUUCAGUUUGAGAUGACUGAGCGAAGGGAUGGUAUGAUAGAGUUGGUGGGCAUAAGAGUGGGCAAAAUCAGUGGAUUCAAAGUAGACGUCAAUAUUCCGGAGAAUAUAAUUGGCGUCAAAAUACUGAAGCGAUUGAUACAAUACUUCGUGUCCAGGAUAUCGACGCUAAUCGUCAACCGAUCCAUGGAUUCAAUUAAACGCAAUCUUCACUCAAUUUUCUUGGAUUCAAUCAAAAACAAAAUCCAAAUCCACUUCAAUGUUGUCAAAGAGAAACUAUUUUCAAUGAACUCUUCGGCCAACCAUUGA